AUGUCAGCCAAUCAAAAUGAUGGCGUCGACCAAAGUCCUAUGUCUCCAAGUAAUGAAAACAUCGAUAAGAAAAAUUUAGAUGCUACUUCUACAAAUGCCGACGAAGAUAUGAUCUUCAAUAAGGAUGUCGACAUUCAGUAUAGUUCAGAUGAAGAUAUAGCAAAUGAUAAGAAGGGAAAGCGAUCCGGAUCUUUUUCGGCUUCUUCGAAUUUGGAGACUAGUACAAGUUCAGGUGAUUCUGAUUCUGAUUCUGAUUCUGAUUCUGGCUCUGGUUCCGAUUCUGAUUCCGAUUCUGAUUCCAAUUCCAAUUCCAACUCAGAAUCCGGAUCCUCUGUAUCCAGCAGUGGUUCUGAAUCCGAUUCAGAGACAGAUUCAAUGCAAGCAAAUAUUAAAGAUGAUAUAGAAGAGCAUGAGACUGAUGAUGAAGGACCCAUAAGGUCAAAGAAUGAAAAAUCAGUUGAAGUUGCACCAGAGCUUCCAGAAGAUUACACAAUUCCGGAAUCAACGCCCAUAAAGUAUCUUGGAACAGUUACGAGCAUAGUCGAGAAUAGUGUUCUUGUCCAAUCAGCAGUCUCCGCUGAACUCCAGGUCUUGAGAGAAGGUGCUGUGCUUUGCUUAGAGAAUCGUUCUCCUUUGGGCAUACUAUUUGAGAUAUUUGGACGAUUGCAAUGUCCAAUUUUCCGGGUUAAGUUCAACAACGAAGCCGAGUUGAAAGACCGUAACAUAGAAAAGGGAAUGAAGGUCUAUUAUGUUGUCCCAUCUGCCCAAUUUGCGCUGACAUCACAAAUUAGAAGUAUUCGAGGUACGGAUGCAAGUAACGUUAACGAUGAAGAAUUGCCCGAGAGUGAGCAGGAUUAUUCUGAUGAUGAGGAAGAGAGUAGAGCCAAAAGAGAAAGAAAACGUCAACGGAAAAGCAAAGCUAAGGAUGGCCAGAUACAGAAAAGGCAGCAACAUGGAUCUGGAGGUAGGAUUCCAAACUACUUAAAGUCACGUUUUACUGCUUUACCUUCUUCUAAGCCACGCGGGUAUCAAUCGCACGCGAAACCAUCGCAAUCGUCUAACAAUACUCGUCACCAUAGUACAGAUCAUGCCAAUACCAGCCAGGCACAACUUGCUGCUCUAAACAAAGCACAAAAACAGUUCAUGAGUAUCAUGAAUCCGCAAAGCUCCAACCUGAGUUCCGGAAGCACCUAUGUUCAGAAUAUGUACGGGCAGCCUGCAUCUUCGAAUUCACUGUCAAAUUCACAUGCUAAUUCGUAUUCUUCCUCUUCCACGACUCACACUUAUGGAAAACCAGCUGGUAAUGCACACAAUGGUGAUUCUCUAAUGGAGAAAAUGCAAUUCUUAAUACAGAAGCAAGCCAAAGCGGCAUCUGGGCAGGUCAAGGAGCAUGCAGCCGCUUCCAGCUUCAAUCAGAAAGGUAACAGUGCCGAAUAUUCUCGAGACCCUCCUGACUACAGUGAUGAGAAAGAAGAUAGCAACGACAGCUACGAUCCUGCAAAUCCGGGAUUUUAA